CCCUGUACCCCAUCCACCUAGCGCCGGGACUGUGUGGUGCGGCCCUUCCAGGACACCGUCCACCGCGCGUCCGCUUGGAGACCCGCUGCGACCUGCCUCCGCGGCAUGGCCGGCUCAGAGGCUGAGUGGAUAACCCUUGCCAAUAACCUCCUUUUUAAAUGUCACAUACACCUGAGGAUACAUGAACUUGAAGACUGUGAUGCUAAUGUCUUUAUUGCUCUGUAUCAAUCCAUUUUGGGAGAAAAGGUACCAGACCUCAUAACAAUUCCCAAGAGUCAAGAGGAUGAGGCACACAAUGUCCAAGCAGUAAUUGAUUCUCUGGCCUUGGAUUACCUGCAGGUUAGCCUGUCUCAUAUAACAGGAGAAAAUAUAGUGAAAGGAGACAAAGAAUCUAUAAAGAAUCUCCUAGAAAUAUUUGAUGGGUUGCUGGAAUAUCUUACAGAACACAUCAGUGAAACAUCUUAUGAGAAAAGUGAAACUGUACCGUGUUUUAAAGAAUCCCAUCAAGGAGAACCUUUGCAAGAGCCAGAAAGCACUAAAGAAUCUAAAUCAUCAUGGAGAAGAGUUUCUUCUGGGAGAUGCUCCUUAUCCUCUGAUGCCUUGGGCCCCUCUUGGGAUGGAGAGGAAGCUGAUUCUACUGGUGAGAUAAUCAGACUCGGAGACACAGCACACACCUUUUCUCUAAGAAGUAAUGGUCCCCAUGGUUCUAAUGAUACACAGUUUAAAAAAGCUUCAACCUCACCGAGUUCUAAAUCACGUGAAGAUGUAUUCAGCCCUCCCUCAUCUAGUUUUUUGUCCAAGAAUAGAACAUCCUUUGUUGAAGACACGGAAACCCCUUCUUUCAGUGUAAUUCCAAGUGCUAGGAAGCUCGGGGAGCCUAUUCGAGCAGCCAUUCCUUUACAUCCCCCCUACCACCCUGCCGAGCCUCGAGCCCCCUGCCCUAUAGGAAAAGAGUACUUGCAGGCAAGUCGCUGCUCCCCUGCCGUGAAUUCUACUGGAGAGGCAGUGUCUGUAGAACCAGAAGAUAGAGUUUUCUUAACUUCUGAGUUGCCUAAAGAUGGCAAACAGGAAGUGUGUUCAGCUCAGGUUCAAGGCUCUAGGAUAAAAAACCUUCCCAAAGGAAAAAGAAAUGAAAACAGAGCUGCAGCCUCAGCUUGGGAUUCACCUCUCCCUCAGAGGGGAAGAAAGAGGUUAACGGAAGAAGAACUGCACGCAGUGUCAGAGAAACUCUCUCAACGGCUGUCUGAACUGGACUGGAUGUUAAGAAGUGCCUUGGGUGAUCGAGUUAAAGAUAAGACUGACCAUAAAGAAGAUGACACUGGAAACGAAGAGGUGGAGAGCGGAAAUGAGGAGGCUCUGUCUCAGCACAGUGACAGCAUCAUGGAGUAUGGGCCAAAGAAGCCACGGCCAGGACUUUCCAUGCGUAGAAAGCCACUCUGUAGAUCCCAUUCACUCUCUCCAUCUCCACUUAACAAACACAGACAACUCCACGUGGAUAGAAAAAGGCAACGCAAGCCAAAAGAAACAGAUAUCCGCCAAUUCCGAGCAAAGGCAUUAACGGAAGCAUUUGAAAGGGAACUAAGAAGAAAUAAAGUUCAAGAGAACAUUGCGCCUCUAGAGAUAAAUGACGAGGAGAACACAGAAAAAACGUACAGAGAAGUUGUUCAUGAAGAAACUCCAAAACGAACUCAGCCUUGGAAGAUUUACUCUAGAAAACCCACAGCUCACAGUCCAAAAGGUGGCUUCCUAAAGCCAAAUAAAGCCAUUCCAAUGAAAGUAAAUGAACACAGUCUCCUGCCCCUUAUGCUGGAGCAGUUCCCCUUUCUGUAUGUUUCUGGCCCGACACUAAGCAAAAUGUGGAAACAGCAGAUUGCACAGGUAGAACAGCUCCACAGAGAUGCAGCCAGAGAAAAUCGAUCAAAGAAGAAACUCCAGGAUGAAAUAGAAGAAGCCCUUAGACGGCAUGACCUCCUCACUGCACUCGUCAAGAAGGAAUAUGAACACAACAAGAGACUGCAAGACUUCAAGGACCGUAUUCAUAGACAGAGGUUGACCCAAUCAAAGAUCAAAGAAAAUCGUCAGCAAAUUGCUCGUGCCCGGAAAUAUUAUGAUGAUUAUAGAGUUCAGCUGCGUGCAAAAAUGAUGAGAAUGAGGACCCGGGAAGAAAUGAUAUUUAAGAAACUGUUUGAAGAAGGCUUACAAAUUCAGAAGCAAAGGUUACGAGACCUAAGAAACUAUGCCAAAGAAAAGCGAGAUGAACAGAAGAGGCAGCACCAGAAUGAACUGGACUCGAUGGAGAACUACUAUAAGGACCAGUUUUCAUUGCUGGCAGAAGCCAUAUCACAGGAACGGCAAGAACUCAAAGCGAGAGAGAGAUCCCAGGCCCAGAUGUUACAUAAGGUGAAAAGAGAGCUGCGAGCCAAGAUGGAGAAAGAAAUUCAGCAACUGCAGUACAUAAUAACACAGAACGACGACGACGCUUUCUUCCGGGAGUUGGAGGCUGAGCGCUUCCGAUCGCGGCUUCAGCUGGCUUCUUUUCAGUACAGUAAAAACCCGUUUCCAUGAGGCAAGACCCCACAGGUACAGUUUCUGUAGGCCCUUCCCGGGACAGAGCUAAAACUGAGCCAGUAAACAGUCUAAAACAGAAGAAUCAUUUUAUCUAUGUAUUCCUUCCUUAUAAUACUUUUA